UAUGAAGCCAAACCCAUUGAGAAGUUACCUCACUCAAGCUGUUAUCUCUUCUCCUUUGCCUUCACUGCCAAGCCAGGCAUCGCACUGGAGAUUUCAUCUGCAAGAAGAAUAACUACAGUUUCAACACAUGGCCAAGCAACGCCGUUAUGUUUUCGCCCCAGUUGCGCUUGUACUGUUUGGAAUAGUAGCCAUUUUCCUUCUAACUAUUCCCACCAAGGACUUGACCGAACCUCCGGAAUGUAUGUAUGGGAUAGUCUUGGACGCAGGCUCCUCCCACACAGCUAUGUACAUCUACAAGUGGCCAGCAGACAAGCAGAACGGCACGGGUGUGGUCACUCAGCACAGUGAAUGCCAUCCAAAGGGUGGAGGAAUCUCUAGCUACGUGGGACAGCAGGGAGCAGCAGGGAGAAGCCUCCAAGUUUGUCUGGACCAGGCCAUGCAAGAUAUCCCCAGAGCCAGGCACCACCUCACACCUGUCUACCUCGGAGCCACCGCUGGCAUGAGGCUCCUCAAUAUCUCCAGCCCUAUCCAGUCAGCCCAGGUUUUACAGGAAGUGGGUCAUAAAAUCCAGUCCUAUCCAUUUAACUACCAGGGGUCGGCCAUCUUAAGUGGCCAGGAGGAGGGAGCAUACGGCUGGGUCACUGUCAACUAUCUCUUGGAGAACUUCAUCAAGUAUGGCUUUGUGGGUCGUUGGCUGAGCCCGGGCAGACAGACGGUGGGGGCGCUGGACUUUGGUGGGGCGUCGACCCAGAUCACCUUUGUGACCAAGGAUGAGGUGGAAGACGAGAGGGACAGGAUGAAACUACGUCUGUAUGGCCAUGACUACUCCCUGUACACACACAGCUUCCUGUGCUACGGACGAGACCAGGUCCUCAAACGCCUACUGGCUCACCUGGUGACGGCUCAGGAUCACACAGGGACAGUGGCCCAUCCGUGCUUCCCUGCAGGCUACAGCGUCACCAUGAAGCUGGGGACAUUGUUUGACUCUCCCUGCACGGUGGCCCAGACACCCAGCUACAGCUACAAUCCCCAGGCAGCCCUGUCUGUGAAGGGCACUGGCAAUUAUGAUCACUGCCUGGGCAACAUUACUGAGAUCUUCUCCUUCCACAGCUGCCCCUUCUCCCAGUGCUCAUUUGACAAGGUGUUCCAGCCCAAUGUCAGUGGCAGCUUCAUGGCGUUCUCUGCCUUCUUCUACAUUCACCAGUUCCUACAGACUACUACAGGAAUCCCUGUCACCACCCCUGCCCAACUAGAAGAGGCAGCCCAUUCUAUCUGUAACAUGAGCAUCAAUGAGAUGUUGGUGCUGGCCCCAGAUCAGGAGCCUCGUCUGCAGGACUUCUGUGCUGCCUCUGUAUUCACCAAGGUGCUCUUCACGAGAGGCUAUGGCUUUGAUGAGAUCUCAUUUCCCCACAUUUCCUUCCAGAAAAAGGCAGGGGAUGCCUCUGUGGGCUGGGCCCUGGGCUACAUGCUCAGUCUGAGCAGUCUGCUGCCGGGGGAGAGUGUGGGCCUGAGGAAGGCCCUGAAACCCGGAGCAUGGGCUGCCCUGCUCUUCCUCUUCGUCCUUCUCCCCGCCACCGCCCUGAUGUAUGUUUCCCUCCAAGCCUGCCGCAGGAAGAAGAAAGGAAGCAGUGACACUGCCAGCUAAUCAUCAUAAGGGACUUCCAUUGACACCUGCUUUCACUUUGUUUGGAGGAAAGAUGGCAAACUCUUUGUAAGGGUGCUGGUGGUACAAUCCUGGACCCAAGAGUGCGUAGAUAACUGUAUCAUGAAGAAGAUAUAAUGUUGUAGAAAGUGUUGAUCAUCUUUACCUUGAGAUAUAACAAGUGAGUUCUCCCCGGCUGUCAACACAUUUUAUAUAUCCUUUUUUUUAUGUAUACUUUAACAAACAGUUUUUUUUUUGUACAAGUAUGCAUUGUAGGCUAUAAUUAAUGUUCAACAUCACUCUCACAUGUUACCCAACAUUUAAGUAUAAUUUGUUUGUGCUUUAUACUAAUUCUGUAUUUUGUAUUGUGAUAACAAAAAAUCAACUAUGUUUUGUACAUGGAGUGGCCUUUGCAGAAGAUAUGUUAGUAUUCAUGCGUUUCAUACGUCAUAUUGACUACAACUGACUAAAACUACAAGUACCAUCA